AGAGCACGGAUCCGAGGAAAAUAUUGCAACACAUCAAGAUGAGGAGGUUCCUAUGGUCAAAAAAUAGAUCAAAAAUCUCUGCGUUAGAUUAGGAAAUUUGGUACAACUUUAAUUUGUUUUUUCCUAACACCACCUUGCUAGUUUGAAUGAAAUCGGCCUUAAAAAAAAGAAAAAAAAAUGAAAAGAAAAGACAGUAGUGAGUGUGUAUGAGGACAUUAAAAACAAAUAUAAUAUUGGAAGCAAGAGCAAGUGAGCAACCUCUGGUCAAAAAAAAGACACCCCCUGUUUGUUUCUUUUGCACACUGGGGUCAAUAUCUUUGACUCCCAAUAUAAAUUCCACAAGUACUCAAACCCUUUUUCUCAAUCAGUUUGUUGAUCAACCACACCACACCAUGGCGUGUGCUCUGAUCAUCUUAUUAGUAGCAGCAUCCGCUUUUACGUCAACAGUCAUCGCUAAUUCCGAAGGUGACGCGCUCUACGCGCUUCGCCGGAGCUUGAACGAUCCCGAUAACGUUCUUCAGAGCUGGGAUCCCAAUCUUGUUAGCCCCUGCACUUGGUUUCACAUCACGUGUAAUCAAGACAAUCGCGUUACGCGCGUGGAUCUUGGAAAUUCAAAAUUGUCUGGUCAUCUUGUGCCUGAACUAGGAAAACUCGAAUACCUACAGUAUCUGGAGCUUUACAAAAAUACCAUUCAAGGUCCAAUUCCUGCAGAGUUCGGUCACUUGAAGAACCUCAUAAGUUUGGAUCUUUACAACAACAAUAUAACCGGCAAUAUUCCACCUACACUCGGGAAAUUGAAAUCUCUAGUGUUCUUGCGUCUUAAUGAUAAUCGUCUAACUGGAAGAAUCCCAAGGGAACUUACCGGCAUUUCAAGCUUGAAAGUGAUGGACGUAUCAAACAACGACCUCUGUGGCACGAUUCCCACCACCGGACCGUUUGAACAUAUCCCUUUGAACAACUUUGAGAAUAAUCCUCGUUUGGAAGGACCCGAGUUGCUGGGACUAGCAAGUUAUGAUACAAACUGCUCGUAAAAGCGUUUACUAGUUGUCUUGUAUGUCAAGUUUGCUGCUUUUAUAAACCCGUUAUAAGUUGCAAAACUCUUGUGAUAACAUAUAACAUCUGGAUAGUUUGUGAUUUCGUCUGUAAAAUCUAUGAAACGAGUUGGGAUCUAUAAAUUAAUUAUAAACUUUCAGUGGGACUUUAAAUA